CAGUUGUCUGACUGGAGUUUUUCCCGCAGGUAUAAAGUUUUUGAAGUCGCGACGCGGGAAAGUCAUAAUGAUGGUGAACACAUUCCCUUUCUGCGAGGAAUCCAAGUUGCGAGACAAAGUGAUAUGGCGUUGUACAUCCAAGAAGACCAACUGCAAGGCGAGGAUACACAUGCUGGGGCAGAGCGUGGUCGCCGUGAAGGGCAUGCACAACCACCCGCCGCGGGCGCUGUGCCUGCCGGCGCGGCGCCAGGGGGCGCGCAAGCAGGCCGACGUGGUCGCGCCCAUCGCCGCGCCGCUCACCACCACCGCCGACCUCGACGCGCUCGCCAUGCAGGCGCCCAAACUCGAAUGACCGCUAUUAUUUCGCUCAGUUAUUGUAAAACAGCAUUAUUAUGAUUAACUGUUAACGUUCCGCUAGCUAGGGUAGGGAAGCAAGGUAGACAAUAAUGUAGUUUGUAAAUAGCAUAGUUUAAUGGCAACGUUGCCGGCACAAAAACAAUUUAUAGUAAGAUCCAAAAAUAUAUAUGACUCAUUCCUGUGGCGUCUACUUUUAGCCGGUAUAGUAUUUUUGCUUAUUCUGGUGCUUUUUGGUCGGAGUUAGAGAUUUAUAUUGAAGGAAUUAUCUAUUGUUGAAAUGUUAAGUGAAAGUUAUGAAAUGCAUAGAUACCAGAUUUUUAUGACAAAUAUCAAACCAGCUACGUCUUUUACCUUAUUGUUGAUAAUGGUCUUUUGUGGUAUUGACAUUUUUUGAGUAAUGUGUUUAUACAGUCCAUUUAAGCUUCCAGCUGUUUUGUAAGUUAUGCUUUAUCAUUGGUCGACGUUAUCGUAUUAAUACCGCUUUACCAUUUAAAGUACCUAUCUAUUGUAAUAUCCCUCAUUGCCAAUAAGAAAGGUAAGUAAAGUGUCGUCCGUAUUUUAAUUCUUUAAUUAACCAAUGUAAACAUUCCCGUGUUUUCUAUGUCUAAUCGUACCACGUUUUACAACUGAAGAUUUCAAGUAAGAAUGGUAUUUCUAAAACUCGCACAAUGUGUUACCACAAAAUUGUUGUAAAACGCAGAUACUACUACUUAUUAUUUAAUUUUUUUAACUUAAUGUGUCAACCUUUGGUCAUUGAUUAGUUUAUCAAAGACCAGUAUUUCCAAGUUUGUUUUAGAAGCCAGUAGUAGUAAAUAUAUGUCUAAAUGAAGGUGGACGUAGCUGGGUAUGCUUUGUGUCAAAACUUGCUCAUUUUAAAUGUAAACUCGACUAGCGGCGUCAGUGUAAUAAAUCAAACGCACCGCAUUCGAUACCAACUUGUGAUAAGAUUUGAUCAUUAGUUAGUUUUAGUACUUUUAUAUAUAAAUUUUUAUCGUAAUUUUUUUUUAUAAUGUACUUAUGAUAUUAACGUUGUAAAUCAACACAAGUAUAUUUAUUCCAUGUUGAUAUGAAUUCUUAUAUGUAAAUUAAGUGUAAAGUGCCUUAUGUGUGACAAUGGGACCAAUUUGUCAAUUAAUGUUAAUUGAUGUACUGAACAUUCCGUAUUAAAAAUUCGGCUUUAGUGUUUUUUGUAAUUUUUGACGUAUAUAUUUUUAUAAUUAUCAAUAUGAAAGACAUCGUUACAUUUAUCUCGAGUAUUAACUCUUUAAGGUUUAAUUAAAGAUUAUGUUUAUCGAA